ACCAACUCUGCAAAAUCUGACAAUACUACCUCUGCAAAAUCUGCAUCGACGCCGGCUAGAGCGCAUGCCGAAAUGUGGUCUAAAAAGACACCAGCCACUAAAGCUGUGGGUCCAACCCAGACCUCCUCCGAAGACUACACAGAGUCUGGUGAAGAGAUAGAGGAGGAUCAAACAGGGUCGGAUGGAAAGAAAAAAAGGAAGGCAGUUAGAAGUAUAAAAAAGUCAAGUAUAGGAAAGAAAGAGGAACAUCUGUUACGUGACGAUGGAGAAGGGGAUGAAAGUAUCGAGGAAGAGGAAGAUAAAGUUGACAAACUCCGAAAAGCAGCUGAUUCGAGAGACAAGAAGGAGAGGCAAGGAGGGAAAUCAAAAGGAGUUAACUCACUUGUGGGUGAAUGUAGGGAGGAAAAGGCUCCUUACGUGACAGUAAGAGAGGCAAACGUGGUCACACUUGCUAAUAAAGGAACUCAGACCAGCCAGUGUGAUCGUAAGCUGUACGAAGGCAUAAGUCAGCAGCAAUCUGUUUCACGACCACCUCCGCCGCAGGACGAGGCAGACCGCCUUUGUGAUGAAGUAUCUCGAUUUGUCGAAUACGGAUAUGAUCUUGCUCAGCAAGAAGCGAAGACCACGCGAACAUUGCCGGAGAAACACCUCGGCGAGAAAGACAUAGAAAUGCUGGAGUCUACUGAUGCUGAAAAUAUUCCGAUUGAUAAAGCUAAAGCUCUCAGGGCUUUUGCGUCAACCGAGCAAGGCAGACCAAGCAGGGUUGGGAACAAAAGGAGGCAACAACAAGAAGAAGAAGAACAACAACAACAACGUUCCUCAUUACAGUUGAAGCGAGGCGGAACCAUUUCGAGGGCGUCUAAACAUCAAAUAUCAGAAGACGAAAUUACUGGCAAGGAGACAGAAAUUAUCAGCGCUGAAGUGGAUAGCACACAUCCUGAAGUGGUGUAUUCUGAGAAAACAGUGCCGAGGGUAGAAGAGCAUGAUAGCGUGACAGGGGAGCGUGACACGGCAAUCACGAAAGAGGAAGACACGAUUGACAGGAAAGAACCAGGGAUUCCAGACCUGCGCUUUAACACUUUCUUCUCUAAUCAACAAGCUCCUGAAGAACCCGGUCACACUUUCGAGAAGAGUCAAUUGAGUACGCUGAAUAACUUUGUUCACUCGCUCCAGCCCCAUUCACAUGUGCCCAGCGCCGAGGGGUCAGAGUCGCUGCUUAGGGAGGACCAAGCGAAGGGACAGCCGACAGUGAUGGCACAACAUGCUAUUGAUACGCUUCAACGGGCAACCAAGGUGGUGAGCGAUGAGCCACAAUAUAGAAAACGACGGUUAACUGUUGAUCAUACGAAGAGAAAAGGUGAAGUACCGCUCGUCGGGAGACAAGUUCUUCUUAGGCUUGAAGAAGCAAAGAAAACCAGAGAGGGCGAGGCAGCCAUUAACCCUGAGGAAUCUUCCUUUUUCACACCAAUUAUUUCACAAGUGUCUAGCUGUCAGACCAGCGGACGAAUGCCGCUGUCCACGGUACAAGUUUCUCAGGGAGGAGGGAUGAUGAUAAUUGGAGCCACACCCAAUAAACCCAUCCCUUCGACAGGCUUUCAGACCAAGAUGAAGACGCGAGGAAAGGUAAAGGUCUGGUCAAGACAAGAUUCGUUACCCAAACAUAAGGCGGUCACGGACAAAGUUUUCCAUGUAGAUGCCAGAGUUGUAGAUUUGACGAACACAUUUGAUAACAUGGAAGAACCUCAGAGACAGAGAAAACAAAGUAGAGGAAUACCACAAACACUGCCACAAGAGUUUCCCUUUCUCACCCACUCUGUUGCCCUACCCUCCCUAGCAAAUGACUUUCCCCAGUCCACACGCUCUGUUGCACAACCUCCGUUACCCCAAGCAAUACAGAGACAAGGAGCAGUUGGUCAAUCUUCAAAGGUGGAUGUCACAGGGGAGUCGGCUAAAAAUGAAGAACAAAACGAGUCUACAAAACUACCAGUCAUGAACAACUCCAAUUGGCAGAGGAGACAGUUUAAAGCAAGGUUUCCAUCACAAACUCUGCGCAAAUCUUCAACAAAACAAGAAACAAAGCUACCGCUAUUGAAUAUCAAUCAUUUUCUAAACGUUGGACAGUGAUAAAGUCCAUCAAAAGCUUUGAACCAAACAAGUCAGUACUACCAGAGAAAGCCAAAGAAUUCAAAUGCAAAAGAUAAGAAUUAUUAUUGUUCUACCCACAGAACUACCCAGAAGGCACCUGAUUAACUCUUCAUUUGACCGAAAAAAUAGAGAUUUUCACCAAAUCAAAAUUAAAAGUCUUAUAGGAACAUUGCAUAAGCAGGGAUACACAAUUCACAGGACUUUUUGAAUUAUUGUUGCUUCAUUCCAUCAGAUAUUACUCUACCAAAUGGUAUAGCUAGUUUGAAAAUAAUCAUAAAUCUACCCUUGAAUUAAAUCAGGACUGGCUUCAAUUCAUUUGAGUACAUCUCUUCUAUCCUUACUACAUACUGUAUUCAAAUUGUACAUGAGAAACCCAGCAGUCACAUUCAGCCGUGUAACUUUCUCUACCCUGAUGUGAACAAAAUGUGAUGAAGCUUCAUCACCCAAAUGUGAAUAAACAAAGACUUUUCAAAGCUA